GUGUGCUUAAUUGCCACAGCCAAUGGAAAAUUUAUUGUCACAACCAGCGCGCUGACGGUAUCUACCGAUGCCCCCCAGCAUGUCACCAUUCCACCCUCGGUGCUACUCGCGGACCGGACAUGCGAAGCUGCGAGUGUUAUUACAAAAAGUGAUCUGAGCGCUGUUAGCAGUGCUCCAGCUGCAAUCUCGCAAAACCUUCAUACCCAAGACGGAUUGCCACAACUUUCAGCACAAAGACCACAAUUACGCAGCGCUGGACGAGCCAGCAUUGCAACUCCACAACCCGUCAUCCCAGCCGAAGCUGGUAGGGUGCGGGAGGGUGACCCGGCAACAGAUGUCAUUGAAUGGAUAGACUAG